AUGGACGAAAAUAAAGUUCAUGCAAUACCUGACAACGACAACGAAAAUAAUGGGAAAGAAAAACAAAUGAGCGUGCGAUCAAUUAUUUCAGAUUACGGAGAGCGAACGACAUUUCACGGUCUUCGCUAUCUAAUCCUCGGUGGAAGUUUUAUAAGGCAACUCAUUUGGUUUGGUUUUAUUUCAUCUUCUUUAGUUUAUUCUACUUUUAACGGUGUUAAACUCUUUAAAAAUUUCCUCAGCUACCCAACAAUGACAAAGAAUGAAAUCAUCACCAAUCAAAGGAUGUUGUUUCCAGCUAUAACGGUAUGUAAUUACAACCUAUUAAGAAAAAGCAAGCAACAGGAAGUAAAUACAUUUGUGAAAAGCGUAUUCUCAAGUGAAGAGGGACAUAGUAACUUCAAAAAUGAACGUGAUGUGGAUAUUGACAAAAUGUAUCAUAUGUUUGGCCAUCGUAUGGAUGAAGAUGGGAUGUUUGUUAGCUGUAAGUGGAGAGGAAAGUCUUGCAGUGGAAAAGAUUUCAGGUCAAGUGCACAAAGUAUGGGGCUCUGUCACACAUUCAACUCAGGUAAAAAUUGCGUUAUAACAAGACACGUUUUGACGUCAUGUGGAAUAUACAGGGCGUACAAAAACAAAGUGCUCGAUUCAAAUGUUAAUUUGAAACAACUAACUAAGUGA